AACUCUUCAUACACUAAAAAAAUAAAAAUAAAAAUGAACCUCCUCAUGACAUGCCUGACUCUGUUUCUAUCACUCCAAGCUUCCUCUUGCACACCAUGCAAAUUCCCUGCCAUAAUUAACUUCGGCGACUCCAAUUCCGACACUGGCGGCCUCUCUGCCACCUUCGGCCCGGUCCCGUCUCCAUACGGAGAGACAUUCUUUCACAUUCCGGCCGGCAGAUUCUCCGACGGCCGUCUUAUUAUUGACUUUAUCGCUGAGAGUUUUGGUUUGGCACACUUGAGUGCAUACCUAGACUCUUUAGGCACCAACUUUAGUCAUGGAGGCAACUUUGCCACUGCUGCAUCAACCAUCAUGCAACAAAGUGUGCCACUAAAUAAAGGUGGCUAUAGUCCAUUCUCAUUACAAGUUCAGUUAUCCCAGUUCUCUCAGUUCAAAUCCAGGUCUCUAAUGAUCUCCCAAAAAGGGGGAGUUUUCGAAAGCUUGAUGCCGAAGAAGGAUUAUUUCGAACAAGCUUUGUAUACAAUCGACAUCGGUCAAAACGAUCUCACCGAUCUUUUUGUUAGAAAUCAAUCCGCUGAUGAGUAUAUCCCAAUGACAAUGAAAGUGUUCAGUGAUGUUGUGAAAGAGGUGUAUCAACAAGGUGGACAAUACUUUUGGAUCCAUAACACGGGUCCUUUAGGCUGCCUGGCCUAUGCUAUUAUCCGAAGACCUUCGUCGUCCCCGGAACUCGAUUCGGUUGGCUGUGCCGUGAUGUUCAAUAAAUUAGCACAAAAAUUCAAUAACAUGCUCAAUGAAACAGUGACACAGCUGAGAAAAGAUCUGCCUUCUGCAACAUUUAUCUAUGUAGAUGUUUACUCUGCUAAAUACAAUCUUUUUAGCAACGCAGAAAAGUAUGGAUUUGAGACUCCACUGAGAACAUGCUGUGGAUUUGGUGGUGGUGAUUAUAACUUUGAUUUUAAUGUGAGAUGUGGAGACAAACGCAUAGUGAAAGCAUGUUCAUAUCCAGAGAAAAGCAUAGUUUGGGAUGGAAUUCAUUACUCUGAAGCAGCAAACAAAUGGGUUUUCAAUGAGAUAGCCACUGGAAAAUAUUCACAUCCUUCUGUUCCUAUUUCUCAGGCCUGCUAAUGAAUAAUUCCCUCAGAUCAUGCUGCAGAGAACAAACAGCUUGAUGAGUUGAACGAUUAAUGAAAUAACAGCUUAAAAAGUGUAGUUAGUUUUUUUUCAUUGGUAUGACAAGUGCGCAAGUUUGGUCAUUAUUAUGUGUGUGUGAAAGGAUCAGUGGUAGUGGUUGGGUGGCAAUGCUCUGUCCUGGCCCACUGAUCCGUUUAGUCUGGUCUAAAAUAAAAUGGGUUUGGACAGGGAUGGUUAUGUUAAUGCAAAUUGGGUCUGGACGUGGUCCAGUUGUUCCGAUUUAAAUCUGGUCCAACCAAGAGUCAGACAACCAAGUCAUUGUACCCUCAUAAUUUUAAAGACCCACAAAAUUAAGCCCAACGGCCUAAGCCCUAUUAAUAAAA